AUGGCUUCAGUUGAAGAAAAACUUGAUAAAUUAAGACAAGAAAGAAUUGCUCGUGAAAAAGCUAGGAUUGAAAAGUUAAGAGAGUUAAAUUUAAAGAAGUAUAACAAGAACGAAGCAUAUUCUAUAAACCAUAGUGUAUCUAAUGUUUCUAUUGCCAAUAAGUCUAUCAGUUCAAAAACAUCUAACACAUCCACAAAAAACAACGUAGGUAAUUCUGUUAAAAACAAUUUCCAUGUUAAUGGCACAACUAAAAGACCUAUUUCUGCUCCUCUAAACAAAUCUACAACUAACAAAGUUACAAGUAGCUCCAUUAAACCAGGGGAGACAUCUAAUUCAAAGCCUAAUAAUUUCAAAAAUGAUACAAACAGCAAAGCUUUUGAUAAAAGCACUGAAGGAAAACAAGUCCACAAGUUUGAUAAAACGGUCCCGAAAGCUACAAAAAAGGAGGAACAGAAAAUUGAUUUGUAUCGAAAUGUGAACACAAAUUCAAGAACAGGUAAAACCAAUAACAAUCAAGGUAAAGCAAUCUGUAAAAGUUUUGCACCAGCUACUUCCAAGCCUGGUAUAACUUCAAAAUCAUUUAGUACUCUCACUAAACCGAAUGACAGUAAAAAAAGUAUUCAACCUCCAAAAGCAACACAGAGUGCCUCAAAAGUUAAUCCUGAACGAGUUUCAGUGUUUGAAAGGUUAUAUAAACCCAAAAUAGUCAAUAAAGUAACAAUAAAUGAAGCUGAAAAACUGCAUACAGAUCCCAGCUAUUUAAGAAAAAUUAUUAAAGAUUCACAUUUAAUCAUGAAACAAAGACAUUCUGUAGCACACACAAGACCUUUACAAAAAACAGCACAUCCUGUUAGAAGAUCUAUAUCAGCAGUGCAUUUUAAGAAAGUUAGUAAAAGUGAACUAAGUAAUUGUAUUCACAAAUGGGCUUCAAUAGGUGAGAAAAUAGAUAAAGUUGAUAUGAAUGAAAUAGAUGAAGAUGAGUGUGUCCAGUGUGAGAAAGUUGUCUCGGCUGUGAAAAGUGAGAGGAAGAGGGUGAAAUUUCAAACACCAGUUUCUCUGAAUUACAACACUCCCAGACCAGAAGAGAUGCAAGCAAGACUGCAGAAGUGGCUGCAGAAACGUGGAAAGUCUUUAGAUUCCUACCACCACUUGCAGUGUUUUGGUAUUUUUCAUCUAUCCAAAGAUAUUAAGUCAUUGGAGGCUCCUAAAUUUGAGUUAUAUGAUGAGGAAAAUAAAGAGAAUAUAGCUGUGGAGUCUGAUAGUGAUAAUCAGUCAUACACAGACAAUUUAAAUGAUCAAAAAGAUGACUUUGUGAGUGAAAAUAAGACUGAAAUGAGUAAUGUCAAGUGGCGCAGAGCCAGUUAUAUUAGCGACAGUGCUAGUUUUAAUGAAAGCAAAAAUACAACAUUGACUUCGGCUGAAGACCUGCAACAUUUUGAUGAAUUGCUGCUUGGAGCCUUAAAUGAUUUGACGGAGUUAUUGCGAGAGGGCUUUGACUGGGAACAAUGUGCCCGAUGGCUGCGUGCGAUCCGAGAUCGUUUUCCAUCAGCACCAGAGAGUGCUGCGUACUGGGAGUGCCGCGCCGCACUUGAAGAGCGUCGUGGUGAUCUCCCUGCCUCCAUGCAGUGUUUGGGAGAGGCCAUCGCUAUGGGCACUGAGCGGUCAGUAGUGGAAUCAAGUUUGGACCAGCUACUGGAUAAGUUUAUGCAGCUGAAGAUUAGCCCAAACAGCGGCCGUCAGAAGUCGGUCGACCCGAAAAUGGUAGAUGUGAAAAAUGUUUUCAAGAGCACCAUUAUUCGCUUUGCUGUGCAGCAGGCUAAAUUACGUCAAUCGAACCAUUAUGAGCCACCAAAGUACACAGUGACUCCAGUACGGCGCAGUGGAAGACUAAGUGUACACGGAAGUGCCAAACGUACACCUUUGCAAGUCUGCUCAUCUGUUAGCCAGGCAACCAGUCUAGGACAUCCAGUUGUCUUCGUACCGAAUGACCAGCUUUUUGGAACACCUUAG